UGGGAAUUCAAAUUGGCACUGUACAUGGUACCCUAAACCUCCAUGACUGCAACAACGUGAUGACAUUCCACACACUUUCAAUUUCAAUGCAUUGAUCACCUUCAAAACCGAGACAAUGGCUUCGUUAACCUGCACCAACUUCACACUGCUCACCGCAGCUGCAAUUCUGCUUCAGAUCGCCGGUCUCUCUCUCUUCGUCUUUGGAUUCUUCCCGAUUAAACCAGCUCUCUCCGGUGUCAGUGGACCAGAGAGUUUCCACCCUUCCUCAUGUGAUUCAAUCGAGGUUCAAAAUUUCACAGCUCUGCAUCCUGACCAGCUUAAAUCAUUAUACCAGGAACUUUCUGAGAUCCCACCUUCUUAUGAUCGACUGAUUCUAAUGGUUAUUGAUGGUCUUCCAGCAGAAUUUGUUAUUGGAAGGGAUGAUCAGCCUCCAUCAAAGAUCUAUAAGGAUGCAAUGCCAUAUACUCAGUCUUUAUUGGCUAAUAAAAUGGCAUUGGGUUAUCAUGCAAAGGCUGCACCUCCAACUGUUACACUGCCACGCUUAAAGGCUAUGACUACUGGCUCAAUUGGAGGAUUCUUGGAUGUAUUGUUUAAUUUCAAUACCCAAGCACUUUUGGAAGACAAUAUCAUAGGUCAAUUUUUUAGAAUUGGUUGGAAAAUGGUUAUGCUUGGUGAUGAAACAUGGCUUAAGUUGUUCCCAGGUUUAUUUACAAGGCAUGAUGGAGUUAGUAGCUUUUUUGUUAAAGAUACUGUGCAAGUGGAUAACAAUGUUUCUAGGCAUCUAAGUUAUGAACUUUACAAGAAUGACUGGAAUCUUCUGAUUCUUCAUUAUCUUGGUUUGGAUCAUGUUGGACAUCUUGGAGGGCGUACAAGUACCUUAAUGGGACCCAAACUCAAGGAAAUGGAUGAGGUUAUAAAAUUGAUUCACUCGAGUAUUAUCCAGAAUCAUAAACAAACUCUCUUGGUGGUUGUUAGUGAUCAUGGUAUGCAGGAAAAUGGUAAUCAUGGGGGAUCUUCAUACGAAGAAACAGACUCAUUGGCACUUUUUAUUGGUCCAAAACACAGUCAUGUAUCAGUAUCACCCACAGAUGUUGUUACUAUUAAUCAGGUUGAUAUUGCUCCAACAUUGUCUCUCCUUUUUGGUGUACCUAUUCCCAAAAACAAUGCUGGCUAUCUAAUUACUGAUCUAUUUCAUCCAUUACAAGAUCAUGAGCUACUAAGAGCAAUGGAACUGAAUUCAUUACAGUUGUUGAAAUUACUUGAAGCUCAAACAACUCAUUCCACUUGUAAAAGCUUAUAUCUAGAUGCUAUUUCUCUCCAUAAAUCUUGGAAGAUGAAAAAUGAUUUAAGGUCUGCUACCAAUGAUGAGUUUACAAACACUGUAUUUGCAUACAAUGAGUUUCUAAAAACAGCAAGCCAACAAUUAUCACACACAGCAACUGAUAAACCCAUGGGCCUACUUGCCAUAGGUGUUACAACAAUGCUUCUAUCAUGUAUCAUCUUCUUAUUCCUCCUUUUCAAAUUGAUCCAAGAAACUUAUCAGAAUCUAAAAAUCCAAUUAUCCGAAGCUUUUAUAGCAAUUAUUAUCAUAAUUCUUGUUUUAAGCAUGGGAUCAAGCUCUUUAGUUGAAGAAGAACAAUACCUAUGGCAUUUCAUGACCUCAUCUUUCUUUCUCAUAUCACUUCACAAAACAUUCAAAUCCAAAUCCAUGAAUAAAAUCAAAACCCCAAUUUUAAUUUCAAUAAUUAUAAUUUCCGGAAGGGUUUUGCGAGGGUGGCAUCAAGGUGGUGUAAAUUGGACUCAUCUUCCCGAUAUUUCAAAAUCACUCGAGAAUUCCUCAAGCUUUUACAUAAAACUUCUUCAAAUCCUCUCGGUUUUUGUUAUACUCAUCUUAUGUUUUUGCACUCUCUCUUCCUUAAAGAGUUAUGUUGUUAUAUCGAUUAUGGGAAGCUAUUUUUGUGUUGGAUUGUUGGUUUUGAAUUAUGUGAUGAAGUAUCAGGGUGAUGGAGAUAAUGAUAAUGAUGGGAUUUUAGCAGCUCAAAUGAUAUAUGGUUUGAUUGUUGGAUUGACAAGUGUCAUGGUUGUUGGAUCACCGUGGAUUAUAUCUUUUUAUUUAAAAGAUUUGGUUUUAAAGAUUAAAGAUUGUUUGUACCUUAGUGGGAUAGCGUAUGUAUUUGGGUGGUGUUUUUUGCAACUUUUGUUGCAAAAGCCAGUGAACUCCAUGCCUAUUUCAUUGCUUCUUGUGCAAAUUCUUGCUACCAUUUUUUGUGGUUCAGAUCGUGGUUCGGAUUUUAAACAGUGGGUUGAGAUUGGUGCUAUAUAUUAUUUGGGAAUGGCGGGUCAUUUUAGUCUUGGAAACACCAAUACUUUAGCUACCAUUGAUGUUGCUGGAGCUUUCAUUGGAAUCUCUACUCAUUCGACAGUGCUUAGUGGAUUGAUAAUGUUUGUGAUAACAUAUGCAUCUCCAAUGUUAUCUCUUCUUAGCAUGGUGAUGUUGAUUUCCAUGAAAGACAUAAACCCUAAUUUGAAGAAUAUGGGACAACUUCUUAAGACAAUUCUUGGGUUUCCUUGUCUGGUUCCACUGGGGUUGAAUUCUGUGCUUUUGGUUGCAUACACCAUCAUACUGCUUUUAAUGAGGAAUCAUUUAUUUAUAUGGACCGUGUUUUCACCAAAGUAUAUAUACGUGGUAGUGACAACUGUUUGUGUUCUUGUUGGGGUGCUUAUUGUUGCUUCAACAGUGACUUAUAUUGUUUCUGUGGUUUUCCUGUUGAGACAUCGAUUUUAUAAGCAUUCAACAUCAUAACUUUAUGGAAGGAGGGAGGAUGAUAGUUGACUUGGGUUUUUUUUUUGGUCUGGCUUUCUUAAUACCCUUUUGGCAUCUGAGUAUUAGUAGAA